AUGCUUCGGCAGGCUGAGGACGAACCCCUUCGGGAAUAUGCAGCUCGGUUCAGUCACGAGUACUCCCGCUGCCCAGACACUGACGACAGCACUGCCUUCGGCCCUUUUAAGAGAGGCCUCCGCGAGUCCAACUUUCGCUACCUGGUUCAUAGCAACAGUUGGAACACAUAUACAGAGCUAAUGAAACAGGCAGCGAUCCAUGCUAAGGCUGAAUACUUCAAUUCCAAGCGUGGCCCAGCCAACCUGGCGCGCAACACUUUCGCCGAUCCUCCACCUGCUUCAGCACCUACUUCAGGCCCACCUCAGCAUUCUACCCCUGCCCCGAGUACCCAGGGUAACCAACAACAAAAACGGAAGGAUAUCUACCAGCAUCCCUUCAGCAAUAACAAACGCGGCAGACAUGGCAACCACUACCAUUCUAGCGGAGGCAACCCUCCCAAGACUGGUGAUCGGGCACCACUUCCCUUCACACCCAGGCCCAGCGGCCAUGACACUGAAUCUUGUGUUGCGUUGCGCAACAUAAUUGAAGGGCUCAUCCGUGAGGGGAAGCUGGACAACUAUGUACACAACAUACCACCCCCACCUAACCCUCACCAACGACAGAUCAACAUGAUCUCCACCAUCAGUAGAGGUCCUACCCUGGCUGGCACCUUCAACAACUCCAUCAAACAUUAUGUCCGCUCCACCUAUGCGCACCAGGUCUUCAGCACCGAGCAAGGACGCUUGCCGAAGACCCAAAGGUCUGGCUGGGCCCCCAUUACCUUCUGCGAGGAGGAGGAGCGUGGUGUUAUCCUCCCCCAUGAUGACCCACUCAUUAUCCGUGUUGACAUUUCUAACUUUGACAUUAGGCGUAUCCUGGUGGACACUGGCAGCUCGGUCAGUGUGAUGUUUGCUAACGCCUUCAAUGAACUUCAGGUCCCGUCUCACCUACUUGGCCGAAGCAUCACACCCUUUGUGAGCUUCUCGGGUGAUUUGGUCCAGCCCAUUGGCAGCAUUCAUCUCCCUAUAUCAAUUGGGGCCGCACCCCAGCGGACGACGAUCACUACCCCCUUCCUUAUUGUUGAUUGUCCCACGACCUACAACGUCAUCCUCGGCCGCCCAGCCUUGGCCCAAAUGAGGGCUUUUAUUUCCACGCAUAUGCUGCUGCUGAAGUUCCCUACACCUAAUGGCGCAGGCACGGUGAGCUGCGACCAACUCAGCUCCCGAAGCUGCUAUGCUUCAGCAGUCAAAUCCACCAAUCGCCAGCAUAGGAGUGAGGCCCUCGCAGUAACCAUGGCUCCCGCCCCUCCUCAAGCUGGCACAGAACCACCUGAGGACCCAAGGGAGGAGUCUAUGACACAGCAGGCCGGACCUGUGGAAGACCUGGAGCUGGUUACCCUUCAUGACGACAUCCCAGAUCGACAAGUCCGGAUCGGCACCUCUAUCUCGCCAGAGCUUCGCUCUGACCUAGUCGCCUUCCUCCGCCUCAACUCCGAAGUCUUCGCAUGA